AUGGAUUUUAAAACAUUCUCUUAUAAGAGAACACUCACUAACAAAUCAUUGUUUUUCAGAUUUACACACCUCCACCAAUUCCUUACUUAUCCUAGUUCUCACUCAUUUAAAUACCAUCUAAAAAUCCGCAAACACACUCAUCAUAGAGUGGUUGGAAAUUUCGCAUGUUCCUCUUCCCUUCCUUCCUUUCUUUUCCUUUAUUCUUUUCUUUUUUAUUACCACAAUUACCUUCUUUCUCACUCUGGAAAAAGCAAAUGGAUGAUAGAAAGCUUCUCAAACAGUUUUCCUCAAGUAACAACCAAGCAUCUCAUUCGUCUUGUUUAUAAAAUAAGGCACUCUUUCCGCACUUCUUUCCGCGUGCCUUGUUUCCCUUUCUUUUUAGAGUAG